CUGAGGCCUGUGGCGCCGUCACCCGGCAGACCCGAGCGGGUGGAGGGAGGCGCCGCCGGCCAGGCGCGCGGAGACAGAUCGGGGCUGCACCGGCGGCCGGUCCACCCUCCCGCCGCCGUCCUCCGGCCCGUGGACCGCGCGGUCCCGUUAUCAUGUCGUUGAGGCAGCGGCUGGUCCAGCUGGUCGGCAGUUUGCAGGACCCGCAGAAAGUGGCUCGUUUUCAGCGGCUGUGCGGGGUGGAAGCGCCGGUGAGCCGCACCGCCACAGCUGCCGCCGACCCAAGGGAGGAUGAGAAGGCGGAGGCGCCCCUCGCCGGAGAAUCCAGGCGCCGAGAGCGGCAGCUGGGGGCGUCCGGGGGCCCCACGCCGCCCGGGAGCGACCGCAAUCAGUGCCCAGCCAAGCCAGGCGGCGGCGGCGCCCCCAACGGCGUGCGGAACGGGCGGGCGACCCAGCUGGGCCCGGCCUCGCAGCGCCGCGCGGGGGUCCUGCGCCGCAACUCGCUGACGGGCGAGGAGGGUCAGUUGGCCCACGUGAGCAACAUGCCUCUCUACUACCUGUUCUGCUUCGGCACGGAGCUGGGCAAUGAACUCUUUUACAUCCUUUUCUUCCCCUUCUGGAUCUGGAACCUGGACGCCCUAGUGGGCCGGAGGCUCGUGGUCAUCUGGGUGCUGGCCAUGUACCUGGGCCAGUGCACCAAGGACAUCAUCCGCUGGCCGCGGCCCGCCUCGCCGCCCGUGGUCAAGUUGGAGGUUUUCUACAACUCAGAGUACAGCAUGCCCUCCACCCAUGCCAUGUCCGGCACCGCCAUCCCCAUCUCCAUGAUCCUCCUCACCUAUGGCCGCUGGCAGUAUCCUCUUAUAUGUGGACUGAUUCUUAUUCCCUGCUGGUGUUCUCUAGUUUGCCUAAGUAGAAUUUACAUGGGCAUGCACUCCAUUCUGGAUGUUAUUGCUGGAUUCGUAUAUACCAUUUUAAUCUUAGCUAUCUUCUAUCCAUUUGUGGACCUGAUUGACAACUUCAACCAAACUCACAAAUAUGCUCCAUUAAUCAUCAUCGGGCUUCAUUUAGCCUUGGGGAUCUUUUCUUUCACUCUAGACACUUGGAGUACAUCCCGGGGAGACACAGCUGAGAUUCUAGGAAGUGGUGCUGGGAUUGCAUGUGGAUCUCAUUUUACCUAUAAAAUGGGUCUAAUAUUAGAUCCUCCUCUGGAUAUAUUACCUUUACCUAGGUCCCCCAUUUCAGUGACUCUGUUUGGAAAAGCCAUAUUGCGGAUUCUCGUAGGGAUGUUGUUUGUACUAGUAGUCCGAGAUAUAAUGAAAAGGAUCACUAUUCCUUUAGCCUGUAAAAUCUUCAAUAUACCAUGUGAUGAUGUUCGAAAAGCAAGACAGCACAUGGAAGUUGAACUUCCUUAUCGGUAUAUUACCUAUGGAAUGGUUGGUUUCUCUAUCACAUUUUUUGUUCCUUACAUAUUUUUCUUUAUUGGUAUCUCUUGAUGGAGAAAUAUUGUUUACGAUAAGAAAGGAGGGUAUCAGUUACUGAUAUCUAAAACCAUAUUCUAGUUAAAAGCCAAAUCAGAGUUAGGCUUUUGCAGGAAUUUAACUUAAAUAAUUAUUUAAGUAAAUUCAUAGGAGUCAGUGCAUUUUAUCAUUGCACAUCCAGUUAUUGUUUUAGGUGAGCUGAGCUAUUUCAACAUUGAGAAAAUGAUAAGUAUCGAUUUGGAAUGUUCAUGUAAUAUUUGGAGAGUUUUGUGCUGUUAUGGAUUCAAGUUAUAUAUAAUAUAUAUUAAGGAACAUAAUAUACAAUUAUGUAUCUAAUAUAUGUUAUAUAUAAAAUAAUUAUACCUAAGUUUUUUUUUUAAACCGUGGGGGUGUAUUAUAAAAUCAAUAAUAAUAUGCAAACAGUUGUGCCUGUGUAUUUGGACUUAAUACAGGUAUGUUGUUAUUAACAGAUAUAUUUAAUGUUUAUUUACUAUGGGAGCCAUUUCCUAAUCAAAUUGCAUAAUUACUAGACCAGAAUUCAUAUGCUACCACAUAUUGAUUUACUGCCUCAUUUUAUACUGCCAUCACCUUUCAUGUUACUCAUGAUGUUGAACAUAGGAGGCAUUUUUAAUGGACCAAAUUUUCAGAAAAAUUAGUUUUUGGAUUCCUUUUUUUUGUUUCCCAGUUCUGUACACUGUGUUGAAUGUACUUUAUUUGCACUUGUUCUGGACAUUAGUUUAAUAAUUCAGGUACUGAAUUUUAUUGCUUGCUAAUUGUGCCUUUCUGUUGCUGAAUUAAGAAAUGCCAUGUAUACUGUGAUAUAAAAAUAAGACUAACUUUAUCUUAAGUUACAUAUAAUCAGACAAA